UAUUUGGAGAAGAACCAGGAAGUGAAGCGCGAUGGUCAAUAGACAGGUUUGACGUUGGGGUUGGUCGAAGGGACAAUGUGAUGGUUCGGACAGUCGCGACGGGAAAAUGGCACUUUAUUUUGUCCUUUUUUUGGCCCUCGCAAAGGCGACAUUUGGAAACGAUGUGGAGGAGGUGACAUUCGUGACAGAAAGGUUAGGUCAAAGGUUGUCCAAGUAUGAAUGGUAUGGCAACGCCAUGUUGCAAAGGUUUUAUAUACCAGAUGACACUGUCAUCGCUACGUGGGACUUCAAGGUAUCCAAGGCCUACAACUUACCCUGCGGAGUGCGGAAUGUCUCCAUCCAUAUACGACACGGUGCUCCUCCGGUAAUAAACCCAACCGACACCUCUUUUCCAAGCAUGACACUGUGGGAACCUCCUUACUCCAUGCUACUCCCAGUGGCCUCGGGCCACUCAUCAGCAGCGACAUUGAACGUCUCUUAUCCUGCACCCGGGGAAUGGUUUGUUGCCAGCCACUUGCCUGAAAACGAUGGGCGCAUUGAGCAAAAGGGUUUCCCAUCGUGUUCCUACUAUAUCAAAAGUCAGCUGUCCAUCGAGAGGGAAAUCGACACACCCAUCAUACAGUCGGGAAUCAAGCUCAAAAAGCAGACGGCCGCCCCGAACAAACCCGCACGCCUUAAGUUGUAUGUUCCACAGUUUUCCUCGUCUCUUUCCGUCUCCGUGGAUGGCUGUUCGACAGCGGAGGCCGCGGGAAGUGCAAACUGUUCUCUGGCUCUCAGCCUGGGCUCAAAUUCUCUGCUCCGUGAUCCCGCAAGAGUGAACUGCUAUGGGCUCAGGUGUUCCGCUUCUCUUGCCAACCCGCCUUGGGACACCUGGUUGCGCGUUGUCGUGGAGAGCAUCCGGGACAACCAAACUGUGUUUUUCAACAUUGAAUCCAACUACUCAGUGGGGUGCAAGCCGAAAAGCGCUGGGCUAUCGGCCGACGAUGGUCUCCGCAGCAAUAACAACUCCCCCUCAUCAGCGAGCAACAUUCCGAAUUUAUUGCCUUCUGCAUGCGGACGUAGCAUCCCGGUCUAUUCCGAAGAGAUCGAAGUUCUCUUUCUCCUAUUCACUCCACCCCCCACAACCGUUGUCGACGUCAGUGCGAGCUACCCCACGCUCCUCACGUACCCUCUGCCCGCGUAUGUCACCGGCGGGACACUCAAUCUGAAGCUCACACUCGACACCGUUUAUAUUACUCCGGGGAACAGCAGCACUGUGGUGGCUUGCUUCACUCCCCUCGCGCCAAUCCUCCAAGUCAGCAACUCCCUACAAUGCCACACAGAUUUGUUUGAAGGCUAUGGCGUGAAUGUAAGCACCAGUUUUCCCAAAGCUCUCAUCCGGCUGCCUUUUCCUCGGUCGGCGACGUGGUACCUCACCCUGCAACUCAAGUGCGACAGUGAGUGCGGCAAUGUGUCGACCGUGUACGUGUACCCACGUGUUUUUGUCCAACCCUGCAUCGAGGACUGUGGCCCAUUUGGCGAAUGCAAACUGCUCACGUCCUUCACCUACACGUACGGCUCCUGUGUGUGCAAGUCUGGUUGGAGGGGUUGGGGCUGCUCCGACGAAUCAACAGCUCUGUCGUCCACCCACCGAAUCGUAGCCGUUCUGCUGCUCACCCUCAGCAACCUCAGCUUCCUGCCGGUAAUCGCCUUGGCCGUCAGACGCUUCUACUUCACCGAGGCGUCCGUUUACCUCUUCACCAUGUUCUUUUCUACGUUCUACCACGCCUGUGACCAGGCCGGUAAAGACGCGUUGUGCAUCAUGAGCUACGACACCCUACAGUACUGUGACUUCCUGGGGUCCGUCUGUUCCAUAUGGGUCACUGUUUUGUGCAUGGCCCGCAUCAGGAAAACGGUGAAAUAUACUCUGUUUCUUCUUGGGACUCUGCUGAUCGCGAUGUCACUGCACCUGGACCGCAGAGGUCUGUGGAACCUGCUGGGCCCCGUCCUGUCCGCCAUAUUCAUCAUGGUCGCCGUUUGGGUGUACCGAGGAGUUACGCGUGGCCAAUGUUACCCGCCGUGCUGGCGGCGAUGGGUCUUCUACCUCAUCCCCGGAACACUCGGUGCUCUUAUCGGGGUGAGCUUGUUCGUAUUUGCCCAGACGGAAGACAACUACUUCUACACGCAUUCCAUUUGGCACAUCCUUCUGGCCUCUUCCGUGCUGUUCCUGCUCCCGCCCCGUGACGGGAGCCAGGCGGACGUCAACUGCAUGGCGGCAUGGCGGCCGGAUUGGACGUGGCGCUGGACUCCUCGCAUUUGUGGCUAUACGCUGUGCCAGAGUAGCAAAGUUGACACAACGUAACAACGUCAUGCGACGCCGGACGCCGUGAUUCUGUCAAACUGCUGUAGCACUCACACGAGAUGCACUUUAAAAAUGGAGCGUCUGCUUCUGCAAUGUUUUCCUCUUCGUUAGCAUCAACCUGCUGCUUUUUUUUCUUUCUUUCUUAAAUCACCUUUAAACACUGUCCUUGCAGGGUCUGGGAAGGCAGACCUCUUAAAAUGACAUGUUCAUUCCAUUACCUCCUGAUCCAGCUUAGCGUGAAGACAUCUAAAUUCAGGUAGCCCGGACAGAGGUUUGUACAUAUUGAUUGUGUCGCUCUUUUUAUGCACUGUAUAUGGUAGUCGAUAUAAUGUAUGCUCCAAAAAUGUAUAAAUUCUAUCAUUUUUAAUAAGUGAAAUGCUGCUCAGUGAAGGUGUGAAUGCAAA